AUGACCCGCGCGCUGAUCGAACGGGGAGUUCCCCCAUGGGGGGAAUCUAGGGGGAUCACAAGAGACGAUGGAGCCAUUGUAACACAAUCCUUGUUACUCCGCGAAGACCAGCUAGAUGCCUUGCGAGAGAACUUCUCAGUCGUCGGCCCAGUUAGCAUCAUGGUCGGACCCGAAGUCCCAGAUCCCAUCGAGUUUAGCACCAGGGUUUACCACCACUAUCUCGGCGACUUGACCUUCGAUCUAGACCGUAUGGAAGAUCUCACACGGCUGUAUACUGACUACACUUUCGUGAUACCAAAUGACCUGACGACCCUCUACCAUGCACGGGUUCCUGGCAUUGAAACCUACCGCUACGAGCUCAAGCACCGAGCUGAAUUGUCUUUUGGAGAUUUCUUAGAGACAGACAAAGGGCGUCACUGGAUUCCUCACGCUGACGACCUGUACUACCUGUUCGCCGGCGGUCCGCUCCUCGCCCCCGACCACCUGGCCGGCCGUCCCACGGACCUGCGGAGCCAAGACGACCUCCGCCUCAGGGACGUCGUCACGACUCUGUGGACCAACUUCGCUGCUACGGGCAAUCCGACCCCCGACGAUUCCCUAGGGUUCAAGUGGGAGGCGGCGACCGAGGACGACCUCCGCUACCUCGCCCUCAAGCCCUCGCCCAUCAUGGAGGCCGACCAGCGACAGGAGGUGCGGGAUUUCCACGCUUCUCUGCCGACGAAAGUGAACAAAAUCCUCCAUCCUGAACGUAUCAUCUCGGAUAAGAAAUCCUCACCACGUCCAACCCAGGAUGAGCUGUAGUUCUCCGGUUGCAAGGUUUAUUCAUUGCAAGAGCUGUUCGUGAUAGUAGUACAAAGUUGUGAUAUAUUUUCAGGGUAUAUUUGUAAAAACAAUGACUAAUGAUGGACGUUUAUGAUUUGAUUGAUGAUUUCUUGUUCUCCUGAUAAAAUAUUUAGAUGGGUU